AUGACACAUCAAAAGAAAUAACCAAUGCCAAAGUAGUGAUUAUAUACUUAUAUUUAGAUAACAAUGUAAUAAUAGAUAUUGAUGAAUGCAAUAAUACAAAUGGUGGUUGUCAGCAGUUGUGUACAAAUACAUUUGGAAGCUAUUAUUUGUUCCUGUAAUACUAGCUUUAAUCUAAGACACAACUCUUUCUGUGCAGAUGUUGAUGAGUGUUCUACUGGUACCAAUAAUUGUAGUCGCAAAUGUGUCAAUGAAAUUGGCUCAUUUCACUGUGAGUGUUUAUCUGAUGAGGUAUUGUCUGAUGAUAGAGUUAGUUGUAAAGUAGCUGGUGGUACUUCAAAUGCCAAUCAACUGCAUGCCUCCAUUCACGUUCAUCAUAAUUAUGAGGAAGUGAUAUAA